GCUCCUCUUUCCGCCAAACAAAGCUGCAGGGAAAAUAAUAAUGGAGCUCAAAACUUCACCCGGCAAUGGCACCCAACCCCCAAACCCUGAACCGAAACCCGACCCUCCAAACCCUAGCAAUGGCGAAACCCAGCUUCAAGACCAGCUUUUCUUUGAAGACUACGACAGCACCUGCUCCACGCCUUACGUCAGCGCGCCGUCGAGCCCCGGACGGAGUGGGCCGGUCAGUGGUUUUUUCUACAGUGCUCCGGCGAGCCCAAUGCACUUCGGGUUGAGCACAAAGUCAAACUCUUGUUCGCUUGAGAAGAAUGGCGGCAACGGCAGCGGCUCUGUUUCUAUGGGUUUUGAGUUCGAGUUCUCUGCGCGGUUCGGGUCGAGCGGGUCGGGCUCCACCGGUCCGAUGAGCUCUGCCGACGAGUUGUUCUUGAACGGGAAGAUCCGACCCAUGAAACUUUCGACCCACCUGGAAAAGCCCCAGACUUUGGCUCCGUUGUUGGAUCUCGAGGCGGAAAAUGGGGAAGACGAGGCGGAUCGGGGCGGUUUGGAGCCCGUGAGAGGCAGAGAUCUGAGGUUCCGCGACAAGUCGCUGCGGCGGAGGACGAGAUCUAUGUCCCCUCUGAGAAAUGAGCCCUUCGAGUGGGAACAGAGGGACGAGAUUAUUGAAGCUGAUGAGAAGGACUGCAACUUUGCUGAAGAUUCGAAAGCGCCGGCGAAAAAUGGGGAAGAAGACGAAGAGGGAGCGGAGGAGAGCAGCACCGCCACUACUACUCCUUCGGUUUCGGCUUCGUCGUCUCGGUCGUCGUCGGGUGGGAGGAACUCGAAGAAGUGGGUUUUUUUGAAGGAGUUUCUUCACCGGAGUAAAAGCGAAGGGCGGAGCAGCAACCACAAGUUCUGGUCGUCGAUUUCGUUCUCCGCCGCGAAGGAGAAGAAACCCACGAAACAGGGCGGUCAGAAUACCCAGGGCUCUGCUCUAAAAGACCCCAAAUGUAGCAAUCCUUUGAACUUGGGCUCAGAGGGGCAAAAACUGAAGGGAAGUGGGGGUGGUGGUUCGGGGAAGAAGACGGCGGCCGUAAAACCCACCAACGGAGUUGGUAAGCGGCGGAUGGCGCCGUCGCUUCACGAGCUGCAUUACACUGCAAACAGGGCUCAGGCAGAGGAAAUGAGGAAGAAGACUUACUUGCCUUACAGGCAAGGGUUGCUUGGAUGCUUAGGGUUUAGCUCAAAGGGUUAUGGAGCUGCCAUGAACUCUGGGUUUGCUAGGGCUUUGAAUCCUGUUUCUUCAAGGUAAGGUCAAAUUUAUGGUCUCCAAUGGCAAUCUCCAUGGAACUUUGAUGUGGUGGAUUCAGAAGGAAGUGUAAAGAUUUUUUUUUUUUUUUAGUUUUUUUUUUUUUUCUUUGAGGAAUUUGUGUGAUUAUCUGUGUAAUUACUGAAGGCUGGCUGGCUAGCUAUUUUAGAUCUCCUUUUUUCUUCUGAAAAAAGAGGAGCUGCAGCAGUCUUUCUGUAUUUUGAUGGGUUGUUAUAUGAUGAUUAAAAUUAUGUUGAAAAUUCUUUUA